CUCUGGUUCUUUUCUCUACUCCAUACUCACCACGCCCGAUGUCCUUGCCACGCGCAUUUGUAAUAGAGGCAUAUACUCGAGCCCUUGACACAGAUGAUUGCCGUCGAUCUAUUUCAGUGAUAACUGAUCUGGAUAUCCGAUGGCCAAUUUUACACAUUACACCCGCUCUUCACGCACAAUCUGUUACUACUUCUCUGCAGCCCGGAGGGCUCGAAUUAAAAGUGCCAUCGAAGGUAAACCACGUGAACAAGGGCCAUCAACGGAGUCCAUCCAGAGACGCUCUAACGCUGCCCAGGCACGCCCUUGAACCAAACCUAUAAAUUAAAUGAAUGCGCGACCGCAAAACAAUUGGAGUUCCAGCAAAAUCGGCGAUCUGAUUCCCGAUAAAUGUAAAUGUGACAGAUCCUGCUCGACAUACUUUAUUGUUCCGCCAUCGUCACGCGCAUGAAUUCCACGAUUGGUA